AUGGGCGCCCGGGGCGGUCCCGCCCCGGCCCCGGCGCCGCUGCCGUUCCCGUUCCCGGCCGUUCCCGCCGCCGCUCCCGGCCCCGCCGAGCCCCGGGCCAUGAUCGCCGCGUCCAUCGCCGUGUCCAUCGCCGCGGCGGAGCCCCCGCGCAGCCCCGGCCGGGCGCACACGGUGUUCCGGGUGGAGGUGCUGUGCAAUGGCCGGCGGCACACGGUGACCAAGCGCUACAGCGAGUUCCAGGCACUGCACAAGCAGAUCAAGAAGACCUGCAAGGUCCCCAACUUCCCCGCACACCAUGUCUCCAGGUGGAUGCCCAAAGGGCUGGAGCAGCGCCGGCAGGGCCUGGAGGUUUACCUGCAGGGUGUGCUGGAUGACAAUGAGGAGCUGCCCCAGGAAAUCCUGGAGUUCCUGAAGGUGCGGUGGUGCCAGCAGCACCCCAAGGCCAGCAGCCCCCUCAGCACCACACUCCUGCCCUCCCAGCGCCCCAUUGUCGGCUUCUGCUGGGAUCCCUACGUGCGGCCUCACGGCACUGAGCUGCUCCCCAACACCGUCGUCAGCGGGGUGCUGCAGGGCCUCUACCUCCCCCUGAGCUGCUCCCUGGAGCAGCACCCCAAGCCUCUGGAAUGA